AUGUGGCCCCAACCCCGCCUCCCUCCCCACUCUGCAAUGGCAGAAGAAACUCGACAGAGCAUAUUGGCUGAGGCCAAGAAAAAGUUAAAAGAAUAUUGGCAGAGAAACAGCCCUGGUGGUCCAGCAGGAGCAAAGAAGAACAGGAAAACAAAUGGCAGUAGCCCUGAGACAGCCACUUCUGGUGGUUGCCACUCACUUGGGGAUUCAGCAACAGGUAUCGACGGAGAGGGCCCUACGUCAUCUGCACCCCUCAAGGAUCUGGAGAGUCUGUGCCAAGAACUACCAGCAGCCCUGGACUCGAGGUCCGUAAAAAUCAAUCAACUGAAUAACAUCAUCAAAUCUUUGGAACAACAGAAGAAACAAGUGCAACAUCAGCUGGAAGAAGAAAAGAAGGCAAACAACAAGAAACAGAAAACUGAAAGGGAGCUAGAGGUUCAAAUCCAGAGAUUGAAUAGACAGAUAGAGAAACUACAUACGGACAUGUAUCACACGGAACGUUCUCUCAGAUACUUUGAAGAAGAGUCCAAGGAUCUGUCUGGCCGCCUGCAACAUACAGUGCAGUGUAUAGGAGAGUUAGAGCGGGCUCUCUCUGCCGUCCCCGCCACAAAGGAGGAGAAGGAGAUCAGUUUCUCAAGCCGCAGUCAAGCACUUACUGAGUGGCAGUUAGAGCAGUCCAUACAGGAGAAGGCACGGCUGAAAAAACGCCUGACAUGGAUGAGGGAGUCGCUUAAACAAGCCCAGCUACAGAGAGAUGAAUAUGCUCAACAUCUAAAAGGAGAGAGGGCCCAGUGGCAGCAGAGGAUGAGAAAAAUGUGGCAGGAGGUUUGCACCUUGAAGAAAGAGAAGAAGGAUGGUGUGCAUCGGGUGGAGGAGCUGAAGAGGAGCUUGUCCAAACUCAAAAACCAGAUGGCUGAACCCCUGCACCCGGAGCCCCCAGCAGUGCCCCCUGAGGAGGAGCUGCAGCACCUGAGGAAGGAACUAGAGAGAGUGUCAGCAGAGCUCCAGGCCCAGGUGGAAAACCAUCAGCACGUAAGUCUCCUGAACCAGGCACAAGAGGAGAGGCUUCGGGAGCAGGAGGAGAGAAUUCGUGAGCAGGAGGAGAGACUUUGUGAGCAGGAGGAGAGACUUCAGCAGCUGGCCGAGCCACAGAGCGGCGUCGAGGAGCUGAACGACAAGAACAAGAGCGCACUGCAGGUGGAGCAGCAAGCAGCGGAGCUACUGGAGAAGCUGGACGAGGAGUGCCUGGAAGUUGCCAGCCACCAGAGCCAGCAGCUGAAUGCCCCAUUGAACCUCAUGGCUCUCCCUGGGGAAGGAGAUGGAGGAGGACAUCUGGACAGUGAGGAGGAGGACCUGGAGAGCUGGGAGGCCAUG